AUGGCAAUUUUGAAAAUUGUCAAAUGGUCCCUAAGUACUGAAAGGUUAAGAACCACUGGUGUAGAUUUUCGAACUAGAAGACGGCUGAGAAGAAGGCAAUACAAGAAUAAAGGUCCAAAUUUUUUAUGGCAUAUGGAUUGUUAUGACAAACUUAAACCAUAUGGAAUAUGCAUCAGUAGAUGCAUCGACGGAUUUUCCAGAAAAAUAAUCUGGUUAAGAGCUGGACAAAAUAGUAAUAACCCAAAAAUUAUUGCUGGUUAUUAUAUAGAUGCACUUCAUAGAAUUGGUGGCUGCUCUCAAACAAUAAGGGCUGACCUGGGAACAGAAAAUGGAGUUGUUAUAGAAAUCCAGACUUCUUUGAUAGAGAUCAGAGGUGGUGCAGGUAGCUCACUACCUCCUUUUUUAUAUGGAACUAGCCCUUCAAAUCAGCGGAUUGAAGCAUGGUGGGCAAUUCUGAGAAAACACCAUAGCCAAUAUUGGAUGAAUGUUUUCCAAGUACUGAAAGAAGAUGGCUUAUUUUCGGGAUCAUUCUUAGAAAAAGCAUUGGUUCAAUUCUGUUUCAUGAGGAUCAUUCCGGAUGAACUUGAUGAUGUGGUGACAGAAUGGGACACUCAUCGUUUAUCAACAUCAAGGAACAGUAUUUCCAAAAGGCAGGCCCUUUAUCAUGUAUCACAUGCCACAAAUUUAUUCCACAAAAGACUACUUACGUUCAACACUCAUAUAUUUCCUUCUUGCUCUAAAAAUGAUGAAAACACAGUUUUGAGGGAGGUGGAGGAGGGUCCACCCUUUCAAUGGCCCAAAUUUUAUGUUACAAAAGAGAAACUAUCUGACUUUGAAUUCUACGAUCUUGUGGACCAUAAAAAAAUAAAGGAUCAUGUAGAGGGAAUCCUCACCCCAGAUGAAGAUCCUUACCCCGAUCCUCCCGUAUCAAUUCUGAGCAGCCCAAAGGCAAGAGCAAUAAAAGCUACACAAACCCCUAUUAGUAUCGAAUAUCAAAAGGGAGUUACACAUUUGGCGCCCUCCAACGUGGGGCCCGAUUUUCUUGACUUACCUUUACCCUAUCUUGGUGAUGUUCUCUCAUAG